AUGAGCUCUGGUUCCUUCAAGCAGGCCGCCGAGGCCGCACGAACCCGCACAUCGGAAGUCAUGAAGGGGGACUCUGCCGCCGUCGCCAAUGACUUCCUCCACACCCCGUUCAUGAGGGCGGCUCUGCCCUUCAUCAACGGCGGUAUCAGUGGCAUGGUUGCCACCACGGUCAUCCAGCCUGUCGACAUGAUCAAGGUUCGUAUCCAGCUCGCCGGCGAGGGUGUCGCUGGAGGACCCAAGCCCACGCCGCUGUCCGUCACAAGAGAAAUCAUUGCCAGCGGCAAGGCCCUUGACCUCUACACCGGCUUGUCUGCCGGUCUCCUGCGCCAAGCCGUCUACACAACGGCUCGUCUGGGCUUCUUUGACACCUUCAUGGGCAAGCUCGGCCAGCGCGCCAAAGAACAGGGCAGCACCAUUGGUUUCAAGGAACGUGCGACUGCCGGUCUCGCUGCCGGAGGCCUGGCUGCCAUGUUGGGAAAUCCCGCCGAUUUGGCUCUCAUCCGCAUGCAGAGUGAUGGACUGAAGCCCCCGGCCGAGCGCAAGAACUACAAGAGCGUCAUUGACGCGCUCACUGGCAUUGCCAAGUCGGAAGGUGUUGGCGCCCUCUGGGCCGGUGCCGCCCCCACGGUCGUCCGAGCCAUGGCCCUCAACUUUGGGCAGCUCGCCUUCUUCAGCGAGGCCAAGUCGCAACUCAAGCAGAACACGCAAUGGUCCUCUCAGGCUCAGACCCUCACUGCUAGCGCCAUCGCCGGCUUCUUUGCCAGUUUCUUCUCCCUGCCCUUUGAUUUCGUCAAGACCCGCCUGCAGAAGCAGUCCAAGGGCCCCGACGGCAAGCUUCCAUACAAGUCCAUGGCCGACUGCUUCGCAAAGGUGGCCAAGCAGGAAGGCGUGAUGCGCUUCUACCGCGGUUUCGGCACAUACUACGUCCGCAUUGCUCCCCAUGCUAUGGUAACGCUCAUCGUUGCCGACUAUCUUGGCUUCCUCACCAAAUAA